UUUGCAGCCUGCGCAUCCUCUGUCUACACUGUAUAUACUUUCAAGCACCCACACACACUCCAUUCUGGCCUAUCUGCACAAUCUGUAGCACACUGCAGAAACUAUAUGCAACUUUAUUUUGGUACAGUAAAUUGAUGGAUGACUUUAAUUUGUUUGUUUACAUUUUAAUUGUUUAUAAAAUUGUCACCUUCCUAAAAUAGUGGCCGGUCAUUUUUCUUUUUUUUCCUCCAGAAAACAAAACAUCAUCACCAAAUAGUGAAUAUAUUAUCCAUCCAUCCAUUUUCUUUACCGCUUAUCCUCACGAGGCUCACGGGUUGCUGGAGCCUAUCCCAGCUAUCUUCGGGCGGGAGCCUGGGUACACCCUGAACCGGUCACCAGCCAAUCGGAGGGCACAUAGAAACAAACAACCAUUCAUACUCACAUUCACACCUAGGAGCAAUUUAGAGUCUUUCAAUCAACUUACCACGCAUGUUUUGGGAUGUGGGAGGAAACCGGAGUGCCUGGAGAAAACCCACCCAGGCACAGGCAGAACAUGCAAACUCCACACAGGCGGGGCCGGGAUUUGAACCCCGGUUCCCAGAACUGUGAGGCAGAUGUGCUAACCAGUCUUUCACCGUGCCAGCUGAAUAUAUUAUAUUUAUCAAUUUAUCGGCCAAAGGGGUCGGGUGCAAAAUGAGCUUGGUGGGAGACAAAGCGAUCUGAUCCCAGACUACUGAUGCUGGCUCUAGGACUCUAGGACCUCUCUGGCAGGGAAGGAGCCCGAGCUGGUGUGCGAGGUUGAGAAGUUCCAACUCGAUCAGUGGCUCUUAACCUGGGUUCGAUCGAACCCCACAGGUGCGGUGAGGCAGUCGCAGGGGUUCGACGGACGACAAGACACAAACCGUGUGUCCGUCCAUCCGGAAAAGCCUUUUACAAAGCAUUUUGAAUGCCAUGUACCUGCAUUUCAAAACGCAACACUGCGUCAAAGUGGCUGUUUGCUGUUGCAGCGCUCCACCUUAAGUUUAAAUGUCUUUUUAUGCAAUCUGUAUAUAACAUAAUGUCAACGAUACACUCAAGGUGAGUGACAUCGCUGUGGCGCCAGAUGGCACAUACAAUAGUAGAGGGGUUGGAGGAGUAAUUUCAGAGUGCCAACAGCAAUACAUAGACAUGAAUAGAAACAUACUAGAUACGCCAGCACGCUUAAUGCCUACGUAGCAACCACGUUGUUGAGGGCAACAAAGGUACCCAUCAAAGGUAAUAAAUGUACUGUAUAUUGAAAUCAAAUCAUAACUUAUUUCUCAACCGAUUUUCAUGAGGUUUACUGUUUUGACCAACAUCAAAGCAUGUGCUAUUAAUGCAGAACAUUUGAAAAAAAGAGCCCAAAAAAUGUACUCUUGCCUAUGAACCCUUUUCGGGGAUUGUAGAAACAACACAAAGAAAGGGAACAGACUUUGUUAUGAAAACAAUAUGACUGGCACUUGUCCAGGUGAAAGGCAGGCAACAGCAAAAUUCUGAUUAAUUUACAGUAACUUUCAUUUAAUUGAAUUCGAUUUUUGUUUUUCUGUGUGAAAUUCACGUUUUGUCGGUUUUGUUCUUUGAACACUGAUUUCGUGUGCAACUGAUGUGUGGUUCAUUUUGUGAAGAAAUAAAAUAUAUAUCAGCAAAGGCAAGUGGACUGUUUUUGCUAACAUCUAGCUAAUAUCAUGGCUAACAUAGUAGCUAAUAUAACUAACUUCAUGGCUAACAUUUUUUUUGAAUUUUGGUGAUUUCUUGUAAAUAACAGUAAUGCCUCUUGCCCAGAGUAAGCUGAGAUAGGCGCCAGCACGCCCGCGACCUAGUGGGGAUGAGCGGUACGGAAAAAGGAUGGAUGGAUAUACUGCUAUUUAUACUCGUGGUAUUUGAUUGACAGUUAACACUUGAACAGAGCGUGGUUUCAGCACAUUUAGCGGCCACAGCUUUUGAGAGCGGAGACAAUGGCUUGAUUUUUCACAAUUUUGAAGCCUCAUUUUAUAUACUUCCAAAUUUCGCAGGGUUGUUAACAACGAUCUUCCAUGUGGCGUGUAAAAUUUACAAAACAUUUAUUUUCACUUAAAAGGGUCUUUAAGUGAGAAUAAGUCAGCCUGACUAAUAAAAGAACCGAAGGUAAGCAUAAAACCUCUGUGACAUCUGUGAAAGAGGUCAUGUUAUUUGAGCUACGUGUGUAUCCUGCAUGCAUACGUGUGCGUGCGUGUAUGUGUGCGUGUGUGUGUGUGUGUGAAAGCGGACUACAACAAAGCAGCAGAAAGACAGCCUCCUCCCAUCUCGUGGUCAUAGCGGUUCAUCAUUAGCAUUCCAAAAAAUUUUAGCGUGACUUCACAGGCACAGCAGUUAAACAAUACUCCUCAACUGGAAUGGUAGCUGGUUAUCCUUUAACAAAGGUUCUUCAUCAUGGAGAAUGGCAGAUCCCAAUUUCCAUUUCCUUACCAGCCUUACACCAUCCAGGAGGAGUUUAUGCGAUCCUUGUACAGUGCACUGGACCAGGGCAAAGUUGGUAUCUUUGAGAGCCCGACUGGGACGGGCAAAUCUCUGAGUCUGAUAUGCGGGGCGUUGAGCUGGCUGACAGACCUCGAGACCAAAAGAAAACAAGAGGUGGCCGCCCAGCUGCAGGAGGGCGAGAUGUCGCUUUCUUCAUCCGAUCCAGAGGCCGGUGUCUGUAGUUUGUCCGCGGAGCCAGACUGGAUCACCAGUUUUGUGCAAAAAAAGGCUGAACGGGAUUUGGUGGCAAAAUUGAAGGGGGAUGAAAUGAAAAGAAAAAAGCGAGACGAGCGCUUAGAACUGAUGAGAAGCAAUGUUCAGCUCAAGUAUGCAAUGAAAAGAAAGAGCUGUGAGGAGGACGAAGCAUUCAAGUUGCUCCAGCUCAGUAAAGAGGAUCAAACAGACGCAGCGGCAAAUCAAGACGACGAAGAUCUUAUUAUUGCAGAGUAUGAAAGCGACGAUGAGUCGAAGUCAAAGAGCAGAUUCCGUGGGGGUGAAGAAGAGGAUGACGAGCUAGUUGAAGAGCACGUAACAAAGAUUUACUACUGCAGUCGCACACACUCCCAGCUUGCUCAGUUCGUACAUGAGGUCCUGAAGAGCCCCUUCAGCAAGGACAUCAGUCUGGUCACGAUGGGCUCCCGGCAGAAUCUUUGCAUCAAUGAGGAGGUGCGACGCCUGGGCAGCAUUCAGCGCAUUAACGACCGGUGCUUGGAGAUGCAGAAAAACCAACACGAGAAGCCGGAUCACGACGAGGGCGCCAAGAAGAAGCGAGGCCCGGCGAAGAGCAUAUGUCCCUACAGCAAGAUCUUGGCACUGCAACAGAUGAGGGACGAACUCCUUGGCAAGGUCCACGACAUCGAGCAGCUCCUGAAGCUGGGCAGGAAAAGCCAUUCGUGUCCUUACUACGCCACGCGUCUCGCUGUCCCCCAGGCGCAGUUGGUGGUGUUGCCUUAUCAGAUGGUGCUUCAUGAAGCAACACGGCGGGCAGCAGGCAUUCAGCUGAAGGACCAGGUGGUGAUCAUAGACGAAGCUCACAACCUCAGCGAGACACUCUCCUGCAUACACAGUGUAGAGCUCAGCGGUGCGCAGCUUUGCCGGGCUCACUCACAGCUCAGCCAGUAUGCUGAACGCUUCAGAAGUCGGCUGAAGGCGAAGAAUGUGAUGUAUAUUAAGCAGGUUCUCUUUGUGAUUGAGGGGUUAGUGCGAGUGCUGGGAGGCAAGGUUGGUCAGAAUCCACAAAACCAAACCACACAAGAAGCAACAGAGAUGUUUACUAUCAACAACUUUCUUUUCAAAGCUCAAAUUGACAACAUCAACUUCUAUAAGCUUCACGGAUACUUUGAGAAGAGCAUGAUCAGCAGAAAACUAGGUGGUUUUGUGGAUAAGUAUGUGGGUUCGGGCGUGAGUCCGCACACUCAUGUUUGCUCCAAGAAGGAGAACCGGCGUACAGAGGGCUUGAACCGCUAUCUUCAGUCCCUGCACGGCAAACAGAGCACGACACCAGCUCUUACAAACAACCAACAGGCGUCCUUAGAGGCAGAGAACAUGCUGGCUGCUUCCCCUAUGAUGCAAGUGGAGGGCUUCUUUAUGUCUCUCACCAACAGCAGCACAGACGGCAGGGUGGUCAUACACAGACAAGGGAAUCUGUCAGAAAGCAGCGUCAAAUUCCUUCUCUUGAACCCGGCCGUCCACUUCGCCCAGGUGUUGAAGGAGUGCAGGGCCGUUAUCAUCGCUGGAGGAACUAUGCAGCCUGUGUCAGACUUCAAACAGGAGCUGCUGUUUUCCGCCGGAGUGCAAGAAGAGCGCAUUGCUGAGUUUUCCUGCGGCCAUGUGAUUCCACCUGAGAACAUCCUUCCCAUUGCCCUGUGCAGCGGUCCAUCUGGUCAGGAGCUGGAUUUCACGUACCAAAAGAGAGAUUCCCCUUGCAUGAUGAACGAGACGGGUCGCAUCCUCUCGAAUAUCUGCAACGUGGUGCCAGGCGGUGUGGUGUGCUUCUUUCCCUCGUACGAGUACUUGAGGCGCAUCGUGGCUCACUGGGAGUCCGGCGGCAUUCUGACCCGUCUCGCCAAAAAGAAGAAGAUUUUCCAGGAGCCCAAGAAGGCCAACCAGGUGGAGCAGGUGCUGGGCGAGUUCUCCCGUUGUAUCCAGAGGUGCGUUCAGCAAGGAGGUGGCGGCUUAACGGGGGCGUUGCUGUUCUCCGUGGUGGGUGGAAAGAUGAGUGAGGGCAUCAAUUUCUCUGAUGACCUGUGCAGGUGUGUGGUGAUGGUUGGAAUGCCUUAUCCCAACAUCAAAUCACCGGAACUACAGGAAAAGAUGUCUUACCUGGACAAACACCUGACUCACAGUGGAGAGAAGAGCCCUGGCCAAGCACUAAUUGAAAAUCUCUGCAUGAAGGCUGUCAAUCAAUCAAUAGGCAGAGCUAUCCGUCACCGCGGCGAUUACUCCUCUAUCGUGCUGUGCGACCGACGCUACUCCCGUACCGCCACCCUCGCCAAACUUCCGGCAUGGAUUCGGAGUCGUACCACCACGCACCCAAGCUUCGGCCCCGCGUUCGCCGCCUUGCGGAAGUUCUUUGUGGAGAAGAAGCAAAAGCUCGACUAGUUUUUUACUCGAACUGCUGGAUCCUGGGUGCUGCAAUUGUACAGUGAAUACGGGGCUUCUGCAGUAAGGUUCUCUCUUCCAGCCAUCAGAUAUAAGAUUUUGUGUUGGACACGUCAAUGUGGUUGUGUUCUGCUAUAGCCUGAGCGCAUCCGUGCUUUAGCAAUAUUGGCAUCUACUAUGUGGACAAAAUUUUUAGGACACCUGGGACACACUCAUCCAAAGAAAACAGGAGAUUGUUGUUGCAUGUCCUUCACACCAAGUACUUGCCAUGAAUUCCUGUAGCUCCUUCAAUGUUCCUCACCAGUUUUCUUCUCAUCUUCAUCUAUUUUGAAGGACAUCCACUUUAUGGUAAUGACACUGCUGUGCCACUUUUUCUGAAUUUGAUUAUUACUGUCUUCACUGUGUUUCAUGGUAUAUUUGAUGCCUUAGAAAUUAUUUUCUACCCUUCUUCUGACUGAUACGUUUGAAUAAUAAGAUUCCUCUGAUGCUGUGGACGCGCUCUGCGGACUGGCACGUGAUGCAAGAUGUGUUUUCAAAAAUGUCAGGAAAAGCCUACGAGCACAGCUUAAAUGUAGUUGGGAUUCAUCACAGGCACUUUAAAUGGUGGCAUGUGGAUUUAACAUGAAGUUGAAUGAAUGUAAUUGUUCUGGUCUGAACAUCUCCAGUUAUAAAAGGGUGUACACACACACACACUUGUUUAACCA